GCCACGGAUCCAACUUGAACAUUUCCCUCUGUAAUCGAUAGCGGAGACAGCAGACCCUAAUUACUAAUCGUCGAAGGCGAAGGCGGCCACAGAGGGCGACGAAGGGCUUCGUCGGGUGACAUGGCGACCGAAGAGGAGAGCACGGUCAAGGAGCCUCUCGAUCUCAUCAGGUUAAGCCUAGACGAGCGCAUCUACGUCAAGCUCCGAUCCGACCGAGAACUUCGAGGAAAGCUUCACGCUUAUGACCAACAUUUAAACAUGAUUCUUGGUGACGUUGAAGAGAUACUAACUACGGUGGAAAUUGAUGAUGAGACCUAUGAAGAAAUUGUUCGGACAACCAGGCGAACGGUGCCAUUUCUCUUUGUUCGAGGUGAUGGAGUUAUUUUAGUUUCUCCACCUUUGCGGACGGCCUGACAACUUAAGAGAGAUGUUUUUAGUGAUGCACCAAGUUGUGGUCUGUGACUGCAUUAACUAAAUUAUUUUCAAUAGUUGUAUUGGCCACGAGAUCUAUCAAUAUAUCUGGAUGGUUAAGGUUGUGAUUUUUCUUUGAAUACCUCCAGUUUAUUUGAAACAACGGGAUUUGCUUUGUGUAUGGAUAUUAAUGAGCGAUGAGAGCCUUUGAUGCCAGAGUUUCA